AUGCUCCACGAGAUCCUGCUCUCCCUCUCCGGCCAGUCGUCGCCCCUCCUCGGUUCUCGACUGGGGGAGGAUGUUGUCGUGCAAGAUGAUUUCGCCCUUCUAUCACCUCCGGAAAAAGCCCUCCUCGGAUCGAUUGCCCAUUUAAGUCGCCUCCACGCCGACCUGCGAUCGCAUACCUCUCUCACCUCCACCUCACAUCCCUCCGUGGUCUGCCGUUCGGUUUCUACAGCAAUUGAAGCGACGCACCUGGGCGAUUUUCAAAAGACCAUUCUCGAAGUUGAGAAAGCAAUCCUUGCCGAAGAUAGCAAAUAUGUUGGUGGUUAUGGUAUUGUCCCGCUGUCAACUAUCGUUGGGGACUUUGCUCCUUGGACACGGCGCUUAGAGUGGCUCUGGGAAAUCAUCAGAUUCAUCGGAUCGCAGAGCCCACUAGAACGUCGAAACCUGUGCACAGGUGCGGCGCUUAUCGACCAUCUACGGGGUGAGCUGCAAACUGGCUACCCAGACAUUAAGGAAAUGGCCGUGCAGCUUGUGAAUGCAGCGGAAACCGCCUGGAUGAAGCAACUAUCGAUGUGGCUCUUGUAUGGUAACUUGCCGAUAUACGGUAAAGAGGACUUUUUCAUUCAAGAAGAUCUCGACAGCGAAGAAGACGACACCCAAUUCAAAAUGCACAUGGAUCUACUCCCAAAAUUCGUCUCGGAACAAACCGCAGGGUCUAUCUUGUUCAUCGGAAAGUCGUUGAAUCACAUUCGUGCCAAACGCAAAACGUCCAGUGGGAUAUCAACUGCACCGGUCAGAUUGUACCAGGACCACAUAGAUCAACUUUCCGGGUUGAAGCCACCAAUAUCGCCCUCCAAGGUUACUACAGCCGUGGACUGCAUUCGCCUAUCAUUGUCGCAAUCAACACUGUCUAAACUGCUUCCCCUGCCCAAAAUUCUCGAAAUGCUCACUUUGCUACACGACUUUCUACUGCUGGGUCGGGGUGAGUUUGCCGUGGCGCUGGUGUCGCAUGCGGAUUCAAGAAUCGAGGAAAAUCGUCGACGGGGAGCUCUGGAAGGAUAUCUCAUCAAAGAAGGGGACGUCAUGACCUCUUUGGUCCAAGCGUGGGCUGAACUUGUCUCGCUACAAAAAGAAGAAGACCCCGUGGAUGAGGAGCUGGAGCUCGCUCGUGAACUCCUGCGGCUGUCAAUCAGUGACCGCAAAACUGGACGUGCUGCGACACCAUCACAUAUUUCGAAUACAGUCCCAGAAGUCUCAAACGUUUCUUUUGAUGAUCUCCUUUUCCCUACACCAACCUGCUUGACAGCUCAAGUGCGCGCCCCGCUGGAUCUGUUCAUCUCAAGUUCCGACAUCGCCUGCUAUUCCAAGAUCCACUCGUACCUUCUGGGUAUCCGGCGAGCUCAAAUACGGCUCGGUGAUCUAUGGAAGCGGACUUCUCUUCGCCGGAGCCAUGGAUCUUCACGAAAACUACCUCGAAGCAACAAUGCCUUCUGGCAGAAUAAACUGAAGGCAAACCGUGAGCGCGAAAAUACUCGCACGCAACUAAUGCGGCCUAUCUGGGCUACAGCAAGUGCCUGUUUGUUUGUUCUCUCGGAAAUUGGCAGCUUCUUCCAAGGCGAGGUGGUACACGAGUCCUGGCAACACCUCUGCGAAUGGAUUGAGGGAGGUACGCUGUCUUCCACCUCUGCCCCCAACUCUAGGCCGGGAACAGCCUCCUCAUUCAAAGCACAAAGAAUUCCCGGUCCUGCUACCCCAAGCCAUACAUCGAGUCGGCCAUCGUCUCGACCAAGUCCCGUUUCCAUGGGACGACAUGACCCUGAAGCCUUGACUGUUGCUCACCGUCGCCAUCUGUCGACCAUCAUCCAUUCACUAUUUCUCACGGAUGUGCCUUUCACCAAUGCACUGCGAGCUUUGCUGACGAGUGUUGACCGAUUUGUUGCACUUGCGAUCCGGCUAGAGACUAUUCAACGAAACAUGGACUUGGAAGAAGAUGAAGGUGUCGUGGACGCACUAGUCGACUAUGCCCAGGAGGAGCGAGAGGUCUGGCAGGGGCUACGAGAAACACGCGACGAUGUGAAGACGGAGAUCCAGGAACUUAUUGGCAGCCUGCGCGAGAUGGACGACCGACGCUCGGGCUCGGGCUACUCUACGAACCACGGCACAACAGGAGCAGCAGGUGGACGUGCCGGAAGUACUGGCCCCAGCUUCAGUCACUACGCACCGCGUCAGCCCGCAGGGGUGGACCGAUUGCUCAUGAAGCUGGACUUUGGCAGUCUGCGCAGCGUGGAGGGCGCAGCGAUCACACCGGGCCUAGCUGAUCUGGAAUAG